AUGACAAAUAAGGCUAGAGUUGAAGGUUCCAUAUGCACCAAUUAUAUACAUCGUGAGACAAAUUACUUUUGUUCUCAUUAUUUCAACUCAUUAGGUUUGUUGCCAAACAUAAAUAUUUGUAACAAUCCUCGUUUAGACCAUGAUGACAUCCUACCUACAAUGUCCCUCCUAGAAAGUGGUGGUCGACCAAGUGGGAAGUCUGGAAAACAUUAUCUAUCAGAUAAGGAAUGGAAGUCUUCACAUGUACAUGUCUUGAUAAAUUGUGAUGAGGUCAAACCAUAUCUUGACAUAUUCUUAAAGAGUCAUUCUAUAAGUAUAGAAGAUUCAUCUGGACAAAUACAUACAGAGUUUCCCAUAUGGUUGAAGAAAUAUGUAAAUGAGAAGACAAAUGGAGUUACCAACAAAGACAUAAUUGCCUUAUCACACAGUCCUUCAUCAUUGGCAAUCUCUUGGAACAUGUACUUUGUAAAUGGGUAUAAGUUUCAUACCGAAGAAUGGAGUAAAGGUAAAAAAAAAACUGUCAAUUGUGGUGUCCACGUGAAAGGUCUCGCUGAAGGAGGAAAAGAUGAUUUUUAUGGCAUAAUCAAACAUAUCUAUGAACUAGAUUACUUUGGUUUGAAGGAGAAGAUUCCACUUUUUUAUUGUGAAUGGUUUGACCCAACAAAGAACACAGGAACAAAGGUUCACCCACAAUAUAAAAUUGUUGAUAUUAAGAUGGAUAAGCGUUAUCGUCCUUAUGAUCCUUUCAUCCUUGCGCAAAAUGCAAGACAAGUGUAUUAUGUCCCAUAUCCAGAAAUGUGUAGAGAUGUGCGUGGAUGGUGUGCGACAAUCACCACAAAACCAAGGGGUCAUGUGAUGAUUGAUAACAUAGAGGAUGAAAUGCCAUAUCAGUCGUUCUACCCACUAUCGAAAUUGAAUCAAUAUCUUGUUUGCGUGACGACACACAAGUAG